AUGAAAAGAGAAGUGAAGGAGGAGGCUUCGAAGGAUGCGCAGAAGAAAGUGAAGACGGAGAUCAAGCAAGAGUCGUCCAAGGAUAUCAAGGUGGAAGUCAAGGAUGAGACGACACGGAAGGCUGAUGGGAUUCUGGGUGGUAUGAAGCGGGUGAAGGAGGAGGUUUCGAAGGAUGCAGAUAUGGAAGUGAAGGAAGAGAGCCACGAGGCUGACAUAUGGAUCUUUACCAACGCGGUCAGGCCGUCGGCUCUCGUCGAAGAAUGCGCGCAAAGGCCGCCUGGAAAGAUGAUGAAAGAUGCUGCAGAUCCAUGUGUAGAGGUGUCAGUACCAGAAGGAUUCCAUGCUAGCUCUGGAUUUCUAGGAGGACCCCAGUUUGUGAGCAUGUUUGCCAGCAAGGUUGACGUCGGGACUGGAGCAAAGCAGGAGAAAGUGGAUGAGAAGCAGCAGGUACGAGUUAAGCAAGAGGACUUUGAGCAGCCUGGGCCGAAGAGGCGUCGAUUGAGCCAGAAGAGUCCGGACGUCUUCGUUCCAUCUUUCGAGUCGCGAUUGACAGAGUGGGCCGAGAAAUGCCUAGCAUUUCAAUCCUCUGGCAAGACGUGGCUGCCCACAAAGCCUUGCUGCCCGGCCAGCCCUUUUCUUGGAUUGGCGGCAGCUCCGUGGCAAGGAUGUGUAAGAGCACAGACAACAGCAUGCGUGCAGCUCCUCGGCAAAGAGCAGUUCAGAGAGUUGCGCGACUUCUACGACGAGAAUCCACACCAUGCCCUUUUCCGUGACAACAGUGACCCAAGCAGCGAGCGACAGACAGACACCACUGUUGGAUUUAGGCCGCAGGCCCACAGGAGCUCAACCGGCAAUCAGCACCGAGCAGCUGAGUGCAUGAAGAUGUGGCCUUGGAUGCGUGACCUUCCCACACGAGCUUGGGCCGGCAACGGCUGGCUGCUCGUGGAGGACGGCAUGAUGAAGCUCUCGCCGACCGGCGGGGGCUCCGCCAUGCAGGGCCUCGAGAUCUUCGAGUCCGUGGGCUCCGUCCCGGAACCUGGCGAGCCGAAGUCUUCGGAGCCAUCCAGCGGGGCCGAGCCGCGAGCCGAGCAAGGCCAGGUCGUCACAAGGACUUUCCGAGGCCUGGAGCGCCAGAGCGGCAUCCAGGGAAUCAGCUGGCGAGCAGCCAUGUCAGAAUGGCGAGUCCAAUGGCGAGUUCGCUGUAGGGAAGGCAACAGAGGGAGAGCUCGCAGCUUCCCCAUCUCCAAGCACAUGAAGCUGGGCCUCAGCGAGGCCGAGGCCGAGGCGGCGGCGCUGGAGGAGGCCAAGGCUUUCCGCGAGGAGCUCGUGCACCAGGGGAAGCUGAAGCCGCCGAAGCCCGUGACGGAGAAAGCCCGUGGCUCCACGGUGAGGGGCCUUCACUACAACGAAAGCACCAGAACCUAUCAGGUGCGGAUGACUGACCCCUCCACCAAGAAGAGGGUCCACGGUGGCAUGUUCAAGGUGAAGGAGGAGGCCGAGGCCCGGGCUCGAGAGCUGGCCAAGGAGUUGGGAGUGGAAUCCGAGGGCGGAGUGGUGCCGGUGAAGCCGCUCUCGGAGCUCCCCAACUUCGAGCCGCUCGGACCAGAGAAGGGAAUCAGGUGGGUGCCUGGUGAGCAGGCCUGGCAUGCUCGACAUCGGAACGCAUUCGGCAAACGGGACCACAUGAGGUUCCGCCCGAAGGGCUUCUCGGCAAAGGAGGUGGAGAAGGCCUGGAAGCAGGCGGUCGCCUGGCGCAAGCAGCAGGAGAAGGAGAUAGAGCAGGCUGCACAGUCCCGGAAGCGCUGA